AUGAUGCCGUCACAAAUUCUGCAGUUGGACGGAACAAAUGAGCUCAGUCCUUUAAAGUCGCCAAAUACUGUCUUCGUAAAUGGUGAAAAUCAAGAGGACCAGAAUUACCCUCUAAUAGAUGAUGGUCACCAAAUGGAUCCCAACGAUGAACCGUAUCAAGGGUUACCCACUGAAGACAACACUUACAACACAGCCUACUCGUCUUUGUUCGGAAAUGAGAUGGCAGAUUACAAUGAUGUUGACAAUAAUGACGAUAACAACGUGGCCCCCAAGGACAAUGAUGGCCAAGGUACUUAUGAUGAGCAAUCGAAUGAAGAAUACCUAAACGAUGACACUAGAGAAGAACAGGAUCCACCGGUGAGGACCAUGGUACCAGAAUUCAACAAUUACCAAAAUAAUUAUGCUGCCAUGCAAGGUGCUCUCAUUCCUACGCUAUCUGGCCUAAUUUCCUCUCGAAUAAGAGCAAUAAAAAGAUUAAACUUACUUGAUAAAACACAGCACACAUCUACGCCGUCAAAGUAUGCACCUUUGGUAAAACAGAUCCUUAAAACUAGAGUUCGAGGAGGUGAAAAAUUGUCCAGCUUACUUUCGGAAGGUGUGGCAUCUAAGAAGAAUAACGCAACCCAAAUUCAGAGCCAUAAUCAGCAGUCCAGCGACACCGACGAGACUAAGAUUACAAUAGAAGAUACUAAAAAGGAAGAACUGAGAUACAAGAGUAUGCUAAAAAGUGCUGAAAUGGCAGCAAAUCUAGCCGAUGCCGCAAAGACUCUGACGAAACUUGUGAAAAAAUUGACAGCACAAGAUGCAAAGAUCGCUAAAAAACCAGAGGAGGAGCAUACGAAACAUAACCAUAACAACGGAGGUUUGUGAUUAUUUUAUUAGACUAAACUGUAAACUCUGUCACAACUUUCAAAGAAAUCCAUUAGCAACACAAGCAUUCUCGAACCUGCACUGGCUUAGGAGUAAACCUAAAAUCGAAUGGAAACUGAUUUAUCCCAAAUCAAACUCGAAAUCAUGUGAUUACCCAUACAAAUGCGUUGGUUACGUCUAGACUGUAAAAAUACUAUCAAUGCAGCUUAACCAAAGGAGUAUCGUUCGCGGGAGAAUCUUACGGGCUAGUCUCAUGGGCGCUCCCCUUGUUAUUUUGCUUCACAGUUUCAAUAAAAACGACGUAACUUGGCGACUCCAUAGCUGAACCAGUAACUGAUUUUAAUGUUCACCCCUGCUCUAAAAUUGAGCGAAAGACACCAUUAUGUCUUCUGCCGAUAACGGUUAUGUAUCAGUAAAUUGUCAGAUAGCGGUCUCAGCCAAAGCCGGAGAACGCUGGAGCUGGAACGAGCGCUGGAGAUCAUCAAAAUCAAACAAACAAACACGACUAAUAUGUCACAAAUGACAGAAGUAAAAGACCGGAAAACGAGUGAAACUGACGCCCCCUCCCUCCUUCCCCCCACCAAUCCCCAUUCAUAUAUGGACCGAAUAAAACACUUAGGUUACUUCGAAACGUAUAACGAUCAAAGCCAUUGUAUGUAGUGUUAAUGCAAUACUUUUUCAACAUAAAGACCAACGUGGUGCGACUAAGGAACCUAUCCGAAAGAGAAUUCCUUCUUCUACAUAAUCAGCUUCCUUAUAGGCAUUGUAGUUACUUAAGCAGACCAACGAAAUUUACCUUUUAACCGACUAGCGAGAUGUCCAGCAUUGCCGCAUCCACCGAAACUCUACAGAAUAGCGAGACUGCACCAAGAGACCGAUACGAUCUGAAGUCUUGUUCAGUGGGUCUUCUACAAACCCCCUUUCCAAGUACCUUACCACCGAAUCUUAAGACCCACUGUUAACUUUAUCUUUGCAGCCAAAGAUUUUUUUUUAUCUUUAUCUUUAAUCAAUGACUAUUAGCUGCUGCUCCACUUCAAUCUGCUUUACUAUGCACAAUGAUCACCAUUUCUCGUUCUAUUGUUACAGUACCAUUAACUGUUACGAGACAUUAUGGAAAUAUUGAACCUCUACCGACCAACUUGCUUUUACUAAAAAACUAAUCGUAUCAAAAGUUAAUCGGGUCGAGGCCGGAGGUAAUGUGGCAUUAUCAAUGAUGUGACUCUGAAAAUAACGUGACUUUGAAAGCUAAUGUGUUUUGGUGAUCCGCUCACUUGAAGCUACUCUGACUAUUAGUUGCUUCUGUUAAAUAGUUCACAAGUGUGAAGUGAGCUCUUUGACCAUCCGAAUUCCUGUGCAGCAAAGGGGCAACGACAUGGACGUGUUUUGAUCAACCCAAGAAUGAUACUUCGAGUUUCAUAAAAAAGUGCUCUGCGUAAGGGUAAAUGGUAAUACCACUAAUGUAGAAAAAAUUCAACCAGUUUGUCAGUUUCGUCUGAUCGCUUCCGUGCAUACAAAAUGUCCAGCUGAGCUUUUAAACCGCUAGUUUUUUUUUUAAAUGGAGAGUAAUAGGAUAGCCUAACCAUCGAGGCUACAAACGAUAGCCUGUAGUCCUAUCGAGUUGGAAAAAAAUAGAUGAGAAAUCAGUUUGACUCUCCUCGAGUCAGAUUCAUCCGUAACAUCGGUUAUCUAUCAAUCCAUGUAAUUCUGUAGCUCUCGGAAACAUUCAUAAUGAUUCUUAGCACGGUUCCUCCGGUACUAAAGACCUUAAACCUUAAUCGUUUUGAAAUUGCUAAAAUGGCAGUCAGAAUUAAGUGUUACGAGGAGAGACCAUGAUCAUGGUGGUUUUUUAUCCUGCCUACAGACAGCUCUGAGGAUGGCGAGCGAUGGUCAGAAUGGUCCAAGUGGUCACAUUGUACGACAACGUGUGGUGGAGGAUUAACUUAUUCCAAACGCAGGUGCAUGAUUCAUCUUCCUUCAGGUCACGGACAGAACUGUACUGGCAAGAGUAUCAAGGUUCGACUCUGUCACCUUAACAGCUGUAAAUCCACUGAAACAAAGAAAGUAAACCUAGAGCGCACGUUAAGUGAAAUGGCAGAGGAGAGAAGUCAUAUUUACAGGCCAUCAGUAUAA